AUGGCAGCUCAAACUGCGGACAAGCUUGAUCAGCUGCACUUGAACGGAUCGACUACAGCAGGCAAGAUCACAUCGGCAUCAAAGGCCCGGGCAGAAAAUGGCACAUCAGAACACGAUGAUUCAGACGACGACAAGGAAGACGAGGCCGAUGCGGGUGAAAAUGCAACCAAGAAGAAGAAAAAGAGGAAGCCCAAGAAGAAGAAGGGGGCGGCACCAAAGGCACAAACCGAUCCGCCUCGCGUUCCUAUCGCACAACUAUUCGCAAAUAACCAGUAUCCGACCGGCGAAGAGGUCGAGUACAAGAAUGAAAAUGCUUUCAGAACCACAAACGAGGAGAAGCGGCAUCUUGACCGCAUGAACAAUGAUGUCCUGACCGACUAUCGCCGUGGAGCAGAAGCACACCGUCAAGUGCGGCAGUGGGCCCAGAAGAAUCUGAUCAGGCCGGGCAAAUCCCUUCACGAGAUCGCUAAUGGUAUCGAAGACGCCACCAGAGCUCUGACAGGACAUCCCGGUCUGGAAGAGGGAGACAACAUCAAAGGCGGCGUGGGCUUUCCUACCGGGUUGAGCAUCAAUCAUUGUGCCGCACAUUACACUCCCAACACUACCAGUAAGCCAUGGAUUGUUGAUCAGAAGGACGUCUUGAAGAUUGACGUUGGCAUUCACAUCAAUGGAAGAAUUGUAGAUUCUGCAUGGACCAUGGCAUUUGAUCCGCAGUAUGACAAUCUUCUCGCAGCAGUCAAAGACGCCACAAAUACUGGGGUCCGAGAAGCAGGCAUUGAUGUGCGCAUGGGCGAUAUUGGAGCCGCCAUCCAGGAGACAAUGGAGAGCUACGAAGUGGAAAUCGAGGGCAAAACAUAUCCUGUGAAGCCGAUCCGCAAUCUCAAUGGCCACAACAUCGGUCAAUGGGAAAUACAUGGCGGCAAAAGUGUGCCCAUCGUCAAAGGAGGUGAUCAGACCAAGAUGGAAGAGGGAGAGACCUUUGCUAUCGAAACCUUUGGGAGUACGGGAAAGGGGUACGUCAAGGACGAUAUGGAAAUCUCGCACUACGCGAAAAGAGUCGACGCUCCCAACGUCGCCUUGCGGGUAUCCUCGGCGCGCAGCUUGCUCAACACCAUCAACAAGAAUUUCGGCACUCUGCCAUGGUGCAGAAGAUAUCUGGACCGUUUGGGCCAAGACAAAUAUCUGCUCGGUUUGAAUCAUCUGGUCCAAUCAGGGAUUGUGGAAGCAUAUCCACCUCUCUGUGAUGUCAAGGGGAGUUAUACGGCGCAAUUCGAGCACACAAUCUUGCUGCGCCCGACUGUGAAGGAGGUGAUCAGCAGAGGGGAUGAUUAUUAG